ACAAGCAAAUCCCUCCCUCCACCCACAUUCCUAAAUUUUCAUCAUCUGCAAAUAUUCCGAUUUUCGUUUUCUUUCCUUUCCACGAGCUAAUGAAGUGGAAUCUGGACUGUAGAGAAAGUUGAAUCCUAUACUCUCCACCAAAUUCUGAAGGGUUUAAACUGUUGUACCUUGUUUUUUUUGGCCAUUAUUUCACUGCUCAUUAUGUAACACGUUCCGAUGUAUAUACUUGCUGUGUUUAUGCGGUUGACUUGCUCUCAAUUACAAGUCUUUGUCAAGUUAGGAGCUGAUUGUUGAAUUUGUUGUGUGGAUUAUCAGAAACCGAAAUGGCUUAUGCUGCUUUGGAUUCUCUACAGCAUACUAUUAACCGCCUGUUGCAUUCUUCUUUCAUUUCGAUUGUUUCCCCUGGUUCAAAAAUGAUAACAUCUGCUUACCGUGAAUUGCUUUUCUUGAAACAAGUUGUAGAAAAAUUAGAUAGCACGGGGAGAGAGAUACAUGACGAUGUAGACUCAUCAGAGAGGUAGUGUUUAAGCUAGAAGAUGCAAUCGAAUUCCAUGUAACAGAUCGGUUUCAAAGCUGCGGAGAUGAAGGUUUCCCUUUGAUGCUCUCCCUAGACUCGGAGCAACUGCAUCUGGAGAUGAAAUCCUUCACUGAAAUGGUCAAGAUUGCCAAGAAUUACAGUAAACAAUCUGAAGAGGAUGAGUUUGUUUCUUCAGAGGUAGCUGACUCUGGCGCAAAGAGGUCAGAGUUGGUUGGAUUAGCUGAUGAACUCAGGAGAAUCAAGACAUCUCUCACAACUUGGAUGACGGAUCAGCUCUGUGUUGCCUCGAUAGAAGGAAUGGCAGGCAUUGGUAAGACUAUACUUGCUAAAGAAGCUUUUGAAGAUCCAUUUGUUUGUCAAUGUUUUGAUAUAAGUGUGUGGAUCAGUGUAGGACAAAAUUACCAGUUAAAAAGAAUUAUACUAGGUAUCCUAGCUCAAAUAAAUCCUUGCAUUGAUAGUCAUCUUAGGGAAGGUGAUGAGGAGUUGAUUGAGUGCUUAAACGAGAGUCUGAAGGGUAAGAGGUAUCUUAUUGUGCUAGAUGAUGUAUGGGAUUUGGAGGUUCGUGAUUUUGUAAAUAAGCUUCUUCCGGAGGAGAAAAAUGGAAGUAGGGUCUUGCUAACAACUAGGCUACAUGGUGUAUCCCAUUUCUCCUACAUGACUUCAAUCCAUCGGGUGCGUUUCAUGACCAAGGAAGAAAGUUGGUCUCUUCUUCGUAUGAAGGUUUUUGGUAAUGAGUGGUGUCCUCCUCUACUUGAGAAAGUGGGGAGGAAGAUUGCAGCCAUAUGUGAAGGUCUUCCUCUUGCAGUUGUCAUGGUAGCCGGUAUCUUAUCUAAAGCAGAGAAGACUGUGGAGUAUUGGAACGAAGUGGCAGAGAAAAGGAAUUCGGUUUUCAAAGAUGCAUAUGAGAAUAUAUAUGAGGUAUUAUAUCCAAGCUAUAAGAACUUGCCUCAACAUUUGAAAAUGUAUUUUCUUUAUAUGGGAAUUUUCCCUGAAAAUUACCAUAUUCCGAUUUCAAAGCUUUUCCGAUUGUGGGUUGCUGAGGGGUUUCUAAGAAUAUCUCAGACAAAAGUUUACGAAAUUAUGACUGUGGAGUGGUUGGAAGAGCUUGUUUCCAGAAGCAUCAUCAUAAUCCCUCAAAGGGGCUCUAAUUACAGAUUUAAAACCUGCAAGCUCCACUCUGCCUUUUGGUAUCUGUGUAUUAGAGAAGCUGGCAGUAAGAAGUUCCCCCACAUCAUGAACAACUAUUCUGAUGGUUUUGCAGAAGGUAUUAAAGAUCAGCGUCGGCUGUGCAUCCACAAUGGCGUCUUAUUCGGAAUCAAAGAUGUGUAUGAAUCUAUGGCUUCCGUCUCAGCUUUGCGCUCUCUCCUAUGUACUGGUCCACCUCAUCCAUAUCCAGUUCCCGUGUGUUUUGAGUUGAGGCUGCUGAGGGUGCUCGAUGCCCUUGCAAUCCGUUUCUAUGAAUUCCCUGCUGAAGCACUGAAACUGGUUCAUCUGAGGUACCUUGCCCUCACUUGUAACGGCAGCCUUCCUGCAUCAAUAUCCCUACUUCGGAGCAUCUGUUUCCUUAUAAUCCGUUGUCAUUUGAGCUUGAGACCACCUGGAGAGUGGCUGUAUCUACCAAAUGAGAUAUGGGAUAUGCAAGAAUUGGUGCAUCUUCAAAUCAUGGGAGGCAACCUACCUAAUCCCAAUGGUUCUGUCUUGGAAAACCUCUUAACACUCUCAGACCUGAAUACUCGGAGUUGUAGGAAAGAGGUUCUAGAAGGAGUCCCUCGUCUAAAAAAGUUAGGAAUUCAAAUUGAAUUGGAGCCCGAUACUGAUGCUGCUGAGCCAUUUUCCUGCUUCGAUCUCCCUUAAAUGUGUCGUUGUGAAUCCUGAUCUGUCAUAUGAGGUUCCCAUCCCAUCCCCUCUUCCAAGCUUCCCCAAGCGUCUCAAAAAGCUGAGCUUGAGUGGCUUCGGAUAUCCGUGGGAAUGCUUGAAAAAGAUUGGUCUGAUGCCUAACCUUGAAGUGCUUAAACUGCGAUGCUAUGCCUUUCAAGGUCCGGAGUGGGAAGUGCGCGAGGGGGAGUUCUUGAAACUCAAAUUUUUGCUACUCAAAGAUAAUGAUCUAGUGCGAUGGAGAGCUGAUGAUCCUUGCUUCCCUUGUCUCGAGCAUGUGAUCCUUCGCCAUUGCUACGAGUUAGAGGAGGUUCCAUGGGGGCGGCUGACUUCAGUUCAAGAGGUUGAGCUAGUUGACUGCUACCCUUCAUCGCUACAGCAAAUGCCGGAUUAUCAGAUGCAACCAGGAAAUGUCAGUGUUCAUUCUUCAUGGGAAGAGCCACCCAGAUUGUGAAUGAUCAUGGCUGAUGCUCCAUCCAUGCAUAUUUGAUCAGUGAUCGUCAUUCCGGGUUUUGUAAUUCAAGUGUGUAAAUUUCAACAAUUUUGAUUUAUAGCCAUUUAUGUCUAUUCUAUGUAAAAAAAAUGACAGAGUUAAAGUUGCUUAUAUUUUGUGAAAUACUCUAUAAGUUGGAGUA